AUGUUGUGCUUGAAGCUACUAGGCAGGUGGGGUUUUACUCAUUUUUGUUGUUGAGUUUUGCUGUUCGAAGAUGAUUGGCUGACGACUGUUAUAAAACGCAUCGGUUUUUUUUUCUUCCCCGGCACUCGUCAAAAAGAGAAGAUGGAAAAGGAAAUGGUUUUCACAUUAUACACCAACCUAAUGUGGAUGUACAAAUAUAAAAAAGAUUUAUUUAAUAAACAAUACAUGGUGCACAAUGCAGAUGCACAGCCCAAUAAUAGUUUAGAUCCACUUUGGCUUAUGAAUGAGAUGAUAGAGGAAUAUUCUAAAAGAUUAGAAUCUACAAACAGCCCAGUAGUUUAUAAAAAUGGAGAAAUUUUAGAAUAUAAUGCUGACAUGGAGCUGGUGAUUCCAAAGGAAACACCUUGCAUAAUAAUUAUUAGGCAUGAUAAAAAAUAUAUUCUUAAUGGACUCGGCUGUUAUUAUGGUUGUGACUAUGCCUUGACUGCCUUACAUGUAGUUAAUUAUCUACAUUUAGGGAUACUCAUUGCUUUUCCUACUAAAGACGUUAAACUGAUCUACAAGGCUGAGUUUACUAAAUGUUGUAACCGUGACAAAGAUCGAGAUCAGGCUUAUAUUAAAUUACUAGGCAAUACUAGUCCCCUUGGAGAUGGUUUACAAAAUCAGAUCGUUGAAAUGGAUAUAAAUGACAGUAUAUACUUUUAUACCCGGGAUCCUAAUGGUAAUUUUCAGAAGCAGGAGGGUGUAAUCUUAUACCAAUAUCCAAGCAAGUUUUUUAUGUCUGUAGCAGGUAAACCUGGAGACAGUGGCUCACCUGUUUUCAAUUCUAAACAUGAACUGAUUGGCAUAUAUCACGGUGUCUAUAAGGACUACGGCGUCACUUGUAAUACUUUUCCGAGCUUAACACCCGGUGUCCAAACAAAUGAUCGUAGUCUUACAGAGUUACUCAGAGAUGUAAUGUUUCAUUUAUUACAUAAAUUCAAAUUGGUUCCAAGCUUUUUCGGUAAACUGCUGAGGAACUCAUUUCUCAAAUGUCUAAAAAAAUAUUUAAAUAAUAAAUAAAAAAUAAAAAGCAAUCUUUAAAAAUUUGCUCCUGCAUGACAGCAAAGAAAAUUUAAAUUUUUCCUCUUUUCUAUCAUGACGUUUGUCUUUCCCUUUCUAUGUUAGGUAGCCCAGCCUGAGCAUCGUGUGUGUGUUUUUACUUUCUGUCGGACUAAAAAAGCAAAGUCUUUGAAAGCUCGCCUCCAAGCGCUGAAAGCAAACAUUUACUACACUUGUGCCAACACCUGAGAGAUCGACUCACAAAAAAAGUGGAAAUGGUCACUAGAGGUAUUCUCGGGUCUAAAAAAAUGUACCUGACCCGAAGUGACCCGAAUCACUUUUUACCCGAACCCGACAUGCAUAUAUAUAUAUGUAUAUAUUUUUUUAAGAAGGACCCGACCCGAGACAAACCCGAAAAAAUUAGACCCGAGUCUGACCCGACCCGUCGGCAAUUUUUUUUAACCUGACUGGACCCGAAUGUUACUUUAGUGUAACCGCUACAGCGUGGAUUCAAAAUUGAUUGACAGGUCUGUUUCAACGAAGAUUACCUUUCCGCGAGCCACAUGUCACAAGCGAUCUUGGCAAAGAGAGGAGAGGUUGGAAAAGGACUCGAUUCGAUGCACACACGCGAAAUACAGUAGCUCGGGUCUUCUUGGAUCCAUCCGGUAAAAAUACAUUCCUUUUAAAUUACCAGAGACCCAAUGCCGCUAUUAUUAUACCCGACCCGUGUCUGAGGCACACGUGAGACUUUUAGACCCGAACCCACUCGGGUCUUGGGUCGGACCUUCGGGUUUUCGGAUCUAAGUGGACCCAUGAAGACCUCUAAUGGACACUCAGCCAAACCCCACACCUGGCACAGAUUGUUCAGUCUUUACAGUAUAUUUACAUCAUUUGGCAGACUUUCUUUAUCCAGAGCGACGUACAAAAGUGCUAAAGUCUCUAUCAUUGGAUAAUUAACUCUGGUUCACAAGGUUACAUAAUUAAGAUACCAACAUCAGCAUCAGCAUCAGUCUCUUUUACAUCUGCAGCAACAACAGCAGGGAAUUCAUGCUGAAAAGAGCAGCAAACUUCCAAAAAGUAAAUGCCAUCUAAAUCCUGCUGGCAUGAGCAGCUCUCUAAAAUCUUAAAAUAUUUGUGUCUGGACAAGACUGGUUUACACGUGGCUCGCACUGGCUCACGUGUCAUAUGAAAAAAUCUCAGGCUUGGCUCACUAAUACAGAAAGGGACAGAACACCUUGUUAGAAAAAAAAGUCUUUUAUAAGUUUAAAAAAAAAUGAAGCAAUAAAUAACAAUUUCACAUGUUGCAUUUAAAUUUUUUUUUUAAAAUCCUCUUGCAAAAAAAAAACAAUAAACUAGCUAAAAUAUUUAAAAAAUAUAUAUUUUAAUAUUAUAUAAAUGUAUAAAAAUAUAUACAUUUAAAAAAUAUUCAUUAUUAUUAUUAUUAUGGAAGGCAGGAAGGUAAAAUUGUAUGAUCCUGAGGAAACCAUUUCCUUUUCCAAUUUACCUGACGGCUGCCCAGAGUGAGGGGCUCAAAUUUAAUUCUCUCUCUGUCUCUCUCUCUCUCUCUCUCUUUCUCUCUCUCUCUCUCGCUCUCGCUCUCUUCCUACAUAUAUACACUAAAGAUUUUUCAGAAAAAAAAGCCUCACUCUUACUUUACUGGACAAAAGACACCUGGAUGCAGAAGAUUUCUCUCUACAAAAUGCUGCUGUAAUCGUCAUCAACACAACCAUCACUUCAGCACAUUUAGUCCAUUACUCUUCUCCAUCUGUGGACUGUAAUUAUAUCUAAUUGCAUUAUUUGGUGUCACCCACAAGAGGAUGGGUUCCUUUUUGAGUCUGGUUCCUCUCAAGGUUUCUUCCUCAUGUCAUCUCAGGGAGUUUUUCCUUGCCACCGUCGCCACAGGCUUGCUCACUAAGGACUUCAAUCUAUAUCCAGUAUUCUGUAACAAACAUUUAUUGAAAGGAAACGAAUUGUACGAAUAAAUUUUAUCUGAAUUGA